CUUUAGAAUCAUUGUCAAAGGUGUGCGUCAGGCGGAGAAGGAACCACCAAGAGGAAUAUAAAGUGAUCUAGCUAAAAAAAUUUAGUAUACAAAUAAUUAAAUUGCUGUGUUUUGCCAAAAAAAAAGAGAAAUAAAAACAAAACAAAAUGUUGGCCAGUGAAAAUUUUCCCACACAUCACUUCAAGGAAUCUAUAUUUAAGCCAUAUAAUGCAACCACCUCGGCUGCUAAUGCGGCCGCCGCUGCCACCGUUGAAGAUUUGGCAAACGUGGCCAAGACAUUGACAUCGAAAUCGACCACAUCGUCAUCGGUUGCAUCGGAUGCAGCAGCCACCGUCUCGCUAAUGGGGGCAGUCGAUAUCGAGACAGCUCGCAAAAUGUUGGCCAAUAAUAAUGUUAAUAUCAACAACAACAACAACAAUAAUAUCAACAAUAACAACUCAAAGGAUACAGCGGAAUUCGAAAGCUUCCUGCGUGGCUGCAUUGAUGAGAUUAUUAAAUUAGCCGUGGUUGAGGGCACAAAUCGUUCGUCCAAAGUGGUCGAGUGGCACGAGCCAAGUGAACUUCGUCAAAUCUUUGAUUUCCAGCUGCGUGAGAAGGGCGAGUCCCAAGACAAGUUACGGGAACUGCUUCGCGAGACCAUCAGAUUCUCGGUCAAGACGGGACAUCCGUAUUUCAUCAAUCAAUUGUAUUCGGGAGUGGAUCCCUAUGCUCUGGUCGGACAAUGGCUAACGGACUCCCUCAAUCCCAGUGUAUACACCUAUGAGGUGGCUCCCGUAUUCACAUUGAUGGAGGAAGAAGUAUUGGCGGAAAUGCGACGCAUUGUUGGCUUCCCCGACAACGGCCUGGGGGACGGAAUCUUCUGUCCUGGCGGUUCGAUUGCCAAUGGUUAUGCAAUCAGCUGUGCGCGCUACAAAUAUGCCCCCGAGUCCAAGAAAAAUGGACUCUUUAGUGGCAAACCCCUGAUCAUAUUCACAUCGGAGGAUGCCCAUUAUUCGGUUGAAAAACUGGCCAUGUUUAUGGGUUUCGGCAGCGAGCAUGUCCGCAAGAUAGCGACCAAUGAGGUGGGCAAAAUGCGACUCAGUGACCUGGAACAGCAAAUCCAAUUGUGUCUGGAUAACAACUGGCAACCAUUGAUGGUGUCGGCUACAGCCGGAACCACAGUGUUGGGGGCUUUCGAUGAUUUGGUGGGCAUAUCGGAAUUGUGCCGCAAGCACAAUAUGUGGAUGCAUGUGGACGCUGCCUGGGGUGGUGGAGCUUUGAUGUCCAAAAAGUAUCGCCAUUUGCUGAAUGGCAUUGAACGCGCUGAUUCGGUGACAUGGAAUCCGCAUAAACUCUUGGCAGCCUCCCAACAGUGUUCCACUUUCCUUACGCGCCAUCAACAGAUUUUGGGUCAAUGCCAUUCAACCAACGCCACGUAUUUGUUCCAGAAGGAUAAGUUUUAUGACACAUCCUACGAUACGGGGGACAAGCACAUUCAAUGUGGACGCAGGGCCGACGUUUUCAAAUUCUGGUUCAUGUGGAAGGCAAAGGGUAGUGAAGGCUUGAGAGCCCAUGUUGAGCAGGUUUUCCGCAUGUCCGAGUACUUUACCCAACAAGUGCGAGAGCGUCCUGGCUUCGAGCUGGUACUCGAGAGUCCAGAGUGCACCAACAUUAGUUUCUGGUACAUACCGCCCAGUCUGAGGCAUAUGGAACGCAAUCAGGAGUUCUAUGAUAAACUGCAUAAGGUGGCACCCAAAAUCAAGGAGGGCAUGAUCAAGAAGGGUUCCAUGAUGAUUACAUAUCAGCCCUUGCGGCGGUUGCCAAACUUUUUCCGUUUGGUGCUGCAGAACUCGUGUCUGGAGGAGUCCGAUAUGUUGUAUUUCCUCAAUGAGAUUGAAUCGCUGGGCCACCAAUUGUAGUCCAACACAUCUUUGUUGUGAUGAAAAACAUUCUUUUUAGAUCUAUGCUACAUAAAUUACCUAUUACUAUGAUGAAACGUUUAGUAUUUUAAGAGUGUUAUGAAAAAAAGUUAAUAAAUAAAGAUAAAAUCUAAAAACUGG